GGAGAUGGCUGGAUAGAUUGGGGUCUGGAGCCCAUGGCCAGUGGAAUGAAUUUAGGAAGCUAGCCGGGCUGAUAAAUGGCAACACGUGACCACCAGAUGACCAUCAAAGGAGAUCCCAUUGGAGGAGGUCGGUCUUUAGCCAGCCCCUGGCCCCUACAUUUCAGAGAUUGGUCAAUACUACUUGUUUUGGAAUCCAGCUCCGAUGGGCCCUCCCAUGACCUGACCUUUGUACUCUCUGUAAUUGCCCUGAUCUCAGUCGGGCUAUCACAGCAGUGUUUAAAGUCCACCUCACAGGGGAGCACCUCAGCUGAAUGCUUUAAAUAAUCCCCGUUGGAAGCUUUUUGAGUACCACCCAGGCUGGUCCCUGGCACCUGGGCUUCCCAGCAGGCCAGCUGGGGUCUAGGGAGAGGACUUGUCUUCACGAUGAAGUUCCUUAUCGGCGCCUUCUUCCUGUGGCUCAGUCUAAGGGGCUGUGUGGCCCAGAGUGACGCGGACUCUGAAGCUGGGGAAUCCUACUCUGACUGGGGGCUUCGGCACAUCCGGGGCAGCUUUGAAUCGGUCAACAGCUAUUUUGACUCCUUUCUUGAGCUGCUAGGAGGGAAGAAUGGAGUUUGCCAGUACAGAUGCAGAUACGGAAAGGCACCAAUGCCCAGGCCUGGUUACAAGCCACAGGAGCCCAAUGGCUGCAGCUCUUACUUCUUGGGACUCAAGGUACCAGACAGUAUGGACUUGGGGAUCCCAGCAAUGACCAAGUGCUGCAACCAGCUGGACUCCUGCUAUGACACCUGUGGUGCAAACAAAUACCGCUGUGAUGCAAAAUUCCGUUGGUGCCUCCAUUCCAUUUGCGCAGACCUCAAACGCAGCCUGGGCUUUGUCUCCAAGGUAGCAGCUUGUGAUUCAAUUGCCGACACGAUAUUCAAUACCGUAUGGACCUUGGGCUGCCGGCCAUUCAUGAACAGUCAGAGGGCAGCCUGCGUCUGUGCUGAAGAGGAGAGGGAAGAGUUAUGAUGCAGAACUGGCUUCCCCCUGCCCUCCAAUGAGACCACAUCUGCCUGCAUCCCUCCCUCCGAGGGGACAGAGAAAACACAAGAUAGUUCUUCCUCCUUCCUUGUAACAGGCUACCUACCACAGGAGGGAGAGCACUAUGUUACAAUUGGCAAAGUGAGGCAUGACUUUCAGGGACACCUGCCUGAUAGUGAGCAAGAGGGGGAUUGGAAGGCUCUUCCCUAUUUUUGGUACCUCUAUAUCCCACUGUUGUAAGGUUUCGGAAUCCCCCCGCCUGGGAAAACUUCACAGCAGAGAAAAUACAACGCAAACUCUGAGAGUUCUGCAAUUGAUGCUCAUCUUCACCUUGAACUUUGGGCAAAUCUGAACCCUUGUGAGGGGGGUGAUGGCUUUAGUUGUCCCUUUCUAGACACAAUAAAGUGAAUUUUUUAAAAA